AUGCUAAAUUUAAAGAUCGUUUUAUUAGGCAGUGGGUCAGUUGGAAAAUCGGCAAUCACCAUCCAAUAUGUUAAUGGUGAAUUCGUCGAUCAAUACGAUCCCACCAUUGAAGAUAUAUAUAGAAAAGCAAUUGAAAUGGGAAAUGAUCAUUUCAUGUUGGAAAUUAUGGAUACUGCUGGAACUGAAACCUUUUUAUCAAUGAGAGACUUGUAUAUUAGAAAUGGUCAAGGUUUCAUUUUAGUGUAUAGUAUUACUGCCAAGAGCACAUUCUAUGAACUUGAAGCAAUGAAGGAUCAAGUGUGUCGUGUCAAGGAGGCACCAGUAUCCAAGAUCCCAAUGAUUGUUCUUGGUAACAAAUGUGACUUGGAACCAAAUAGACAAGUCAGCAGUAAAGAUGCCGAAUCACUCUGCAAGAAAUGGGGCGACGUUGAGUUUAUCGAGACGUCGGCCAAGACCAAACUCAACAUUAGCCAAGCAUUCGAACAACUUGUAAAACAAAUAAGAACCAAACAACCAGCCAAACCAACAAAGAAAUCAAAAUGUCAAUUAUUCUAA